AUUUUGUUGUAUAUUUAAAUUUAAUAUUAAUAUUGUCAUGGCUACAAGAUCCAAGAAAUCGAAGGCCAAAUCAGAAGCUCAUGUUUCAUCUGAAACAUCGUGUAAACGAAUUGAGAGUUCAUGGAUUUUGCUAUUAAAAAAAUCUGUUCGAGACAACGAUAAUUUUACUAUUGUGACAUUGCCACACCCAGGGACUGGCAAUCCAGCUAAAUUCUGUUUAGACAAAGAGAACAGCAAGAUAUAUGAAGCGGUCACAUUCAGUGAACCCUACCGUUCUUGGUUGAUCGGAGAAACAGUAAAAUCAGAUGGAAGUUUCAUAAUGAUGACACCCAUCAAUCCAUUAUUUCUAGUGCUACCCCGAUUGAAGGAACAGUGUAGUACCAGGGCUGUGCCCUUAGAAGAUCUAUUAUCAGAAAAAGGAUAUGAUAGGAUAACUCAUUUUAUUCCAAGCUUAGAUAUGAUUGGUGAUUUAAAGGGGCCGCCAGACAUGAAAGCAUAUAAAUACAAUGAGGAAAAGACUCUUAAUUGGCUCGAAACAAGAGUACGUAAACUAAGCAAUGUUUUGAGGGAAAAAAACAUUCAUGUCACUUCUGGAGCUGUGUCUGCUACAUUUGUGGCCAGUAAUCUAUCUAAUAAUAAAGUAGAUGAAGAAUUUUAUUUACGAUAUGCCCUUGGAAUAGUGUCUGAAUAUCUUCAAGACGAUCUUGUUGAACUACUUGAGAAGCAGUUUGAUUUUAAACCUGAUCUAAUUGAAGUUGUUGGAAACAAGCGAAAAUCGGAUGCAUCCGAUUUAAAUGUCCAUAAAAAACUCAAAUGUCAACAUGAAAAAAGUGAGGACAUAGAAAAUGCACUAAAUAAUUCUAACUCCACUGAAACCAAGAAACAAAAAACAUUGACAGCCAAAGAAAAGGCGCGGCAAAAAGCUGCCAGUGGAACGAAAACAAUAUCAUCCUUUUUUACAAAUAAAAUAGCCUAAUAAAUGUUUUUAUUUA